AUGAAUGGGUUGUUGAAUCCUCUCUGGCGGCUGUCACCCCUAGUGGAACGGAAAAAUGACAACUUUGCAGCUCUCUAG